AGCCGAGCUCCGACUUCGACCUCGCUGUGGAGACUGUUCGUGCAAGUGGCCGCUUUGUUCGUAAGGACAACGAGUCUGCUGACGGACUGAAAGCCGCGUGUCCCGACGACCGUCUGACUUGACCGGCAAACCAGGCUCCGCAGUGCUGAAGUGCGACCGGACAGAUCGUUCACCAAGAGCGCAUCUCAUUUGAGGACGAUCGCAAAAAGAGGCUGGCGACUUUGACCGACGCUACUGAAAUUUCAAAUCAAUCCGAGGACCUUCACCACAACCCCACCCAGAAUGAGAGGAGAAGCAAAACAAUUUCACCUUGAUCAUUUUGUCCAAGGAUCAAUUGGCAACUGCUGGAUUCUGUCAGCCUUAGGUUCAAUUAUUGAUGACCAGGAAACAUUGAAAUUUUUGUUCCCUGACACUAAUGACUCACAAGAUUUUUACGGCACAGUGGUGAUCAGGUGUUAUUGCAAGGAUGGUAAAUGGGAAGAGGGACUAAUUGACCACCGCCUCUGUGCUAGUUCAUAUUCUGGAGAGCUUGUGUUUACUGGACCAUCAGAAAUGUGCGAGGAGGACCACCUUAUUUUGUGGGCAAUGUAUAUUGAGAAAUACCUUGCAAAGGGUUUUGGAUCCUUCGAGUCCAUCGAAGGAGGGUACAUGGAUGAGGCUUUUACUCUUUUUACUGAUGGCACAACCCUAAGCCUCCGCCUAUUUGAAGAGCAGCCUCGCACUGUCCUGAUGCUCCUGGAGCACGUGCUCGCCCUCAAUGGGUUUGCUGCUGCUGCAACAGAGAACUCGCAAAAUACUGAGCUACUCAAGAAUUUGCAAACAGGGCACGCUUAUGCCAUUUUAGAUGUGUAUUAUGUUGACGUUGAAGCCGGGGCCGCUAACAGAGGGGUUGCCUUCAAAGAAAUUUUGCUAAGAAUCAGGAACCCUCACGGCCAGAAGUCACCAAAUGUGGCUUGGAGCAACAAAAAUCACAGCUUGUGGUCUCGUGUGUCAAAAGCUACCAAAGAAAGAGUCGGUUACCACAGAUUGCACAGCGGAGAGUUUUUCUUUGCCUUCAGCGACUUCUGUCGUCAUUUCGAGAUUUUGCAAAUUUGCAACAACUCGUUGCCACCGACAGCUGGUGUGUUCGUCAGAGGUCAACAAACUACAGAGGUCUUCACUCUUGACGGUUGCUGGGAGCUCGGAUACUCAGCUGGAGGGUCUGACGAUCAUGAACAUGCACCUUUCGUAACCAAUCCCAGCUUCGUUUCCAAGUGAAUGAUUCAAACACCAAGAGCAGCUGUGUUUGGAUCCGCCUCCUUGUUAAAGGACAAAGAGAAAUCUCCCUCUUGAAAGAUGAUUACGAGCCAUUCUACUACGGUUUUGAUAUUUACAAGCUGAACUCUGCUGAUACAGAAAUCAACGCAGAUUUCUUACAAUCAAACGAGCCCAAAUUUAGAGCCCAAUUAGACUUUUUAAGUCAGAAUUCUGCAAUUCUCGAGCUUGAAAGUGGUUUUUACAUUUGCAUGCCUUACACGGAGAAUCCUGGAAUUAUGCAAAAUUUUCUCUGAAAGUGGCUAUUGAGAAUGAAGGAUGUCUCCGAUGUGAAAUCAUCGAUGCCAUCGGAGAGUGGCUGGAAAGUCAGGUCUUGAAGUACCCAGAUACUUCCCCCCAAGAAAAAGCCCGUAGAAGAAAAGCCCACGAUCUGCGAUUGAAAGCUAGAAGGAAAUUGUGAUUCCUGUCCACAAAGCCAAAAUCGCCUGCACAUUUUAGUUCAUUCUGAUUGAGAUUUUCAAAAUUUUCAUCGUUUCAUCAUACCUUUAAUUCCAAUCAAAAUAAUGCUGAUCGUGAAUCACAUCAAGGAGGAGUAGAUUCACACAGCAACAACACACUCAUGAGAGAAUGCAUCUCCAGGGAUAUCAACUUCAUUGGCUUUGCAGCUAAACUUUGCCAGUGACGUAGAUAAGGACAUUAUGUGCAAUAGCUGAGGCGGAACAGUACUCUCCUCUCAUCGCUCCGGUCAACUACAAGCUGUUUUCCCUUUAAAUAAUAGAUAAUUCUUAUUUUGACCCUACUUUACACUGGACCAAUUUGUUCUGCGCAUUUGCGCAAAGAAUCUUUUUGUCCUUAUCGGAUUAGUGCUUAUUUUUCAGUAUAUUUGUGUAUAAAUAUGCAAAUUUCUAAUUUAUAAAGGUACAGAAACUUAGAAAAUUAAAAAAAAAAAUCUCUUUUGAGGCUUACUUUGAGCAUUGUAAAUUUAAUCUGUAACUUCUAUAGAGAAUAAUUGAGAAUUCUCAAUUCUUAACAGAGUCAUUUUUAUGCUCGAGCAGUUGUUUAGACUUAGAGACCGUCUUUCAUUCUGAAGGAAAUUUAAUUCUAUGAUUUUUAUAUUGUAUAAAAUAAUUGAAUAUUAAAUUUGAGUGCACCAUUUUCCCUUAAUAUUUCUUAAAACCCAGUCAUCGUUAUUAUUUUAAUAAAAGUGAUUUGAAUUUUAGCACUCAAAAACUAAAGAAUUUCUCCCUGCCUAAAUUGGCUUAAAUCAUUUUUUAUUAGUGGAAAUGAAAAGUUCAUUGAGGGGAUAAAAUCUGCUGCAUAAUUUCAAUUUAUUUAUUCUCUUGCAAAAUGUCAUGAUAUAGUUUGAAAAGCUGGCCAAAAGAAAGUUGACAAGCAGUCUGACCUGCUUUUAAUCCAAGCUACAUGUUAAAGAAGUAAAAUAUUAUUUUAAGUUCUAAUUCUAAAUGAAAAUAUUUUUAAAUCAGAUGAAGUGAACAGGCCACCCGCCUCGGCCAAGAGCACAUUCAGUUGACCUGGCAUACGGCCUGGAAAAAGAAAUAAAUUUAAUAAAUAUUCGAAUUUUUUCCAACUUGAAAUCUAUGUGCCAUUUUGAGUUUCAACUUCUGAACUUCAUUAGACUGCUGCGCAAACUAAAAUUUAAUUUCAAAGUAUUAUGUAGUGCUUGUGCUUCUACGUCUGCGUAACAUAAUCUGGACUGAUUUUAUACAAUGUUUAAAAUGGCAGUUUUAAUCAAAUUAUUUUUCUUUUUCAAGCCAACUUUAUAACCCUAGUGUCAACUCAUGUAACAUUAUCAUUUUGUCUAGCUGAAGCAGGUAAAUGAUCUACAAAUUUUAUCAUAUUGGGUGGUCAGAGCCAAUAUUCCAUUUUAAUGGUAGAUUAGAUUUGCAUGCUGGUUGCAGCAAAAAACAAACGAAUAGCCUUUGAUGUAAUCAAUGUGUACUAGAUGAACACGGUACAAAUCGACAAAUCAGGUGCAAUGUGUUGUGCAUUUUGCUUAUGAAUCUACCUAUAACGGAGCCCAUUUGGACCCAUUUCCAAAAUAAAGAAUUAACUGUAAAGUAAAUCUAUUGUGUAAUUUAUUGAACACACUAUCGAGACGUAAAUUAUCUCAAUAAAAGAAUUCCUAUCUACAUUGCUUAGUCUUUCAAUUAGACAUUAUAUAAUAUUUUAAUGAGUCUUUCCGAGCAAAGUGAAAAUGAAAAUUCGCCGUAAAUGAAAAUUUCUGCAGAAAUAUGAUUCAUAUAAUGAAUUAUUUCCAACACAAGUGCGAUGGAUAUGCACCAUUUGAAAAGAAAGUCACAUUAUGAUAUGUAUUAUAUUUUUUGCAAAUUGUACACCAUGAAGGUUUAUGUGUUAUGUAUUCAUCUCUUUUUUUUCCUUUGAAAUAAUUUCUUUAAUUAUGUGGGCAAGGCCAUUCCGUCUGCCUUUUACAAAUAAGGCCAAUCAAAAGGGAAAACAAACAUUUAAAAAAUAUUUUUGGCAAGAAUUCGUUUUAAAAGAAAAAUCGCAAAAAUUACAACAUAUGUCAUGUAAUUUUUUUGUAUCAAAUUCCAACGACCCGCUGCAAAAAUUGAGAUAGUAAAUUGGAUAAAUUCAUUGGAAGUUAUAUAAUAUUUAAUUUUUAAUGGAACUUUGUGUUCUGUCAAAUAUUCCACAUUCUGAAAACUAAAAAUUAUAAAUUUUUA